AUGUAUGGUGCAACCAUUGGAACACUCAAAGUCAUCGUUAAAAUAAAGAACGUUGAUAAAACCGUUUGGACACGGACGGGAAACCAAGGCAAUCUUUGGCAAUACGCAUGCAUUCCGAUUCAUUCAUUUGUACAAAAGGUCACAUUUGAGGGAAAGCGUGGUUCAAGUUACACUGGAGACAUUGCCAUCGAUGACAUCAGUUAUUCCGACCAGAAAUGCUCAGGAAUUGGCACUGUAUCAUGUACAUUUAAUGACAGAAAGUGUGGAUAUCAAACGAUUAAAGGAAAUGGCUCAACUGUUAUAUGGUCUACUAGGAAAUGGUAUGCGAUUCCAGACCAUUCAGCCAAUAACACUGGAAAAUAUAUGACAAUAUACAACACUUACGGUAAAGAAGGAAUGAAAACUUAUCUCAUAUCGCCGCCUAUUGAAGCCAAUAUUAAAAGGAAAUUAGAGUUUCUUUAUUACAUGAGUGGUCCCACACCGGGCGAGUUGCAAGUGUCAUUCAAAGAUAUGUACGCUCCACUGAAUUCCUGGGAUAAAAAUGAGUGGCAAGACAAUGGAGAUCACGGUAGAAGAUGGAACUAUGGAUGCAUGGAUUUAUACCCAGACCUAAAAGAAAAUGUUAACGCGUCAUUGAAAAGAGUUGUGUUCACUGGUAUUACUGGAACAAUACGUGGAAUCAGUCUUGCUCUUGAUAACAUCAAACUCUCCAAUGGAUCUUGUGGAAUGGGAAUUGCCGCUCACGUUUGUACGUUUGAUAAUCCGAAACUUUGCCGCUACACAAUCAAUUGCACAGCCCUUCAGGAAUACACAUGGAGAAGAAUGCGUGGUUCAACUUCAUCUUACAACACUGGACCAAGCCAGGAUGCAUCAAAGGAUAGCAAAGGUUACUACUUGUAUGCCGAAGGCUCUUAUGGUAAAGCAGGAGACGCCGUAUCCAUUAAAUUUCCAGUUAAAGACACCAAAGGGAAAUAUCUGAAGUUUAAUUAUCACAUGUAUGGUCAAAGUAUGGGCAGUCUGCAUUUAUUCUACACUUCUGGACAGUCAAGCAGAGAAGUAUGGCAAUUGUCAGGCAAUCAAGGAAACGUGUGGAAUUUUUUCUGCAGGCAAAUAAACGAGGAAAUUGAUGGAGUAAAGUUAGUUGCUGUCCGAGGAUCGAAAUACACAAGCGACAUCGCCGUCGAUAAUGUUUUCUUGACUUCCCAACCAUGUCCAAAUUCAGUCGACUGUACCUUCGAAAACGGAAUGUGUAACUACACCAUGACUUAUAACAAUUACAGAUACAAAUGGACUUGGGUAUCAGGCCCUGAUCAUACAUAUGGUUUUGGGCACUAUGUAUCUGUAAUUUCUCGUUCGGGUAUGGAAGGUACCUCGACAUCUGUAACAACACCUGUUAUACAACAAACGAGUAAUACUUCCAGUGUCCAGUUUUACUACAAACAAGAGACAUCAGGUUCAAGCAAACUCAUGGUUGAAAUUCAGCCUUUAUCAACCCUUACGGCAGAAAGGGUUAUGGAAAGCAAAUUCUUUAAAAUGAAAUAUGAAGGCUGGGUUAUGGGUUGUAUCGACCUUCCGGCAAAUGAACGGGUAUCAGUAAAAUUCACUUCCGUUAGUGGUCCCAGCUAUUCAGAGUCCAUUAUGCUGGAUGAUAUUUCCUACAAUGAAUCUCGAUGUGUGUAUGGUAUUGUGAAUAAUAUAUGUACAUUUGAAGAACCAAAUGUAUGUGGCUACAACAUCAGCUGCCGAGAUGCGACCAAAUUUCUGUGGAAGAGAACACAAAGAACUAGUUCAUCCACAACAGGAGCUUCUUCAGAUCAUAGUGGAAAAGGCGGCAGAUAUUUCAUGUAUACUGAAUCGUCAUUUGGUGGUCCAGGUGACACAACUGACCUUGUGUUUCCUUCAUUCGUCACACCCCCUGGACAUUACCUCAGUUUCUAUUACAACAUGUAUGGUCGUGACAUUGGAACUCUACAGGUUAACGUUAUCACUCGUUCAGGAAAAAUGUUAAAAUGGUCCGAGAAAGGUGAAGUGGGAAGAAACUGGAUGAAAGGCUGCGUCAAUCUUCCAGUUAAUGAGACAACGACUGUUGUCUUUACUGGAAUCCGAGGUAAUGGUCCAUUAGGUGACAUGGCAAUCGACGAUGUUGGUGUUGUACCUGGCGUCUGUUACGAACGAGGCAUUCCUUGUGAGUUUACUGAUGAAAUGAUAUGUGGCUACCGGAAUGUCUCCCAGGGCCAAAGGGGCUGGAUUAGACAGAAGUCUAGUUCAGGUUAUUCUAUGGUUGUCUCUUCAAGGAACUCAGGCCCACGAUCCAUAUCUUGUAAUUUUGAACACCUGUAUCUCUGUGGCUAUAACUUUACGCAUGGAUGGUACCACACCCAGCUGGAAAAAUUUGUAAAUCCGGACCUGAUUUUGAACAUUUCAGCUUAUUCAAUGUCAUUAAACAGUGGCAAAGCAAGUAUCAUGUCUCCGAAUGAAACAAUUGGAGACUCUUGUCUACAGUUCCACUAUGCUGGUGGAAGUGAUUCUAGUCUGGAAGUGAUAGCUCAUUAUAGCGAUGGCAGAAAUUUAUCAAAAUGGAGUCUUACUUUUACUUCCCAAACUAAAUGGACACUCGGACAAUUCCAACUGGCUGCAGGCAACGUAUACUUAGAAUUUGUUGGCAAAGCCAGCCAUUUGGGAUUAUUGAUAGACAAUGUCAACCUUCAGAACGGGACCUGUGGCAAAAUUGAUUGUCCUAAUGAUAUGUUCACAUGUGUUAGUAACGAGAAAUGCGUCGUUUCACAAGGCUGGUGUAACAGAAUCAGUGAGUGUAAUGAUAGCAGCGAUGAAGUGAAUUGCCCUGUUUCCAUUGCAUGUGACGUUGAACAUCCUUAUCAAUGUGGCUAUGAGUAUGAUCCAGGUACAUGGACAGUCGGAAGUGGAAGGCAAAACGUAUACCCGGAUCUAGAUCAUUCUCCCGGUCUCUAUUCAGGCUAUUACUUCUGGAGCCGUUUGUAUUAUGGAAGGCGAAGCCAACACGAUCUCCAUGCUCCCGAAGAAACGUUGCCAGUUAGUGCUUGCUUGACUUUCUACUAUUCUUUCCAUGCAUUGGACAGUAUUACCAUCUCAAAUGGAACUUGUGGAUUCUUUGAAUGCGAGAAAGGCUGGAAAAAAUGUCCACGAAUCCCGGUUUGUAUUCCGGAAUUUAAAUUCUGUGAUCAUGAAGUAGACUGUUCAAAUGAAGAAGACGAAAACAAUUGCCAGAAAUAUUCUAAUAUACGUCUGGUUGGCGGAAGGAGUAUCCAUCAAGGUUUUGUUGAAUUAUAUCAUCAGGGUAAUUGGAAUAAAACCUGUGGAACCUGGUAUGAGAGAAAUGCCGCAGUUGUCUGCAGAGAAUUGGGUUAUAAAGGAAGAUCGAGAACAUCAUUUAAGACGAUGCGUCAAAUAAGCACCUAUACCUAUAUCAGAAGUGUCAGUUGCCACGGUUUUGAAAAGACCAUCAACAAUUGCUCACUUGACUCUUGCCAAUUGUACUGUUAUUGCAUCAAGCCAGCUGCAGUAGACUGUUCUGAUACGGAGUGCGAAUCAACACAUGUACCGUGUGCAGAUUACAAUGCAACAGAUACCAACAGUAGUACACUUAACGCUACAUUGUGUAUACCCAAGGAAAGUGUUUGUGAUGGUGAAUACGACUGUCCAAGAGGAACAGAUGAAAAAUCAUGUUCCAAAUGCCAACCCGAUGAAUUCCAAUGUCUUAACUAUGAGUGCAUUCCAGACACCAAAGUUUGUGACGGAGUUGCUGACUGUCAAGAUAGAUCUGACGAAUAUCAUUGUUUCAAGCACACCAAUCUCACUUUGUCAUUUAAGAUGAAGGGGAAAUUCAUCCCUGUAUGCGAAGAUAAUUUGAAAGAUCAAGACAUUGCCAACAAACUUUGCCAUUACGUUGGAAAAGGGAAUGCCUCAGUUGGUAUCUCCAACAUUAAAGCAACUGGAGUGAAGUUUUCUUAUUCAGCAGACGCUAAACAAUCUGUGUUGCCUGACUUCAAACCUUCCCUGGACCCAUGCACACUAUUAAGUCUGAAUUGUAGCCGCAGAGAAUGUGGAACUCGGAGUCCAAAUUUAUAUGACCCUACCAUUCAACACGGCCACUUCGCCAAUCCUGGAGAGUUUCCUUGGCAAGUUUCUCUACAUUACAAAGGUCGAUUUACAUGUGGCGGUGUUUUAAUUAGCCCUCAAUAUAUAAUCACCGCUGCUCAUUGCGUGAUGAACAGUGUGUAUGUUUCAAAUUACAAUGUCUUCGUUGGGUCAAAUCUUCGUUACGGCGGCCAAAGAUACAAUAUAAAGAAAAUCAUGUCCAAUAAGAAAUUCUCCAUGUUUCAUCUAAGGAAUGAUAUUGCACUAUUGGAACUAGAGCAACCGGUACCAAUAACGGAUUAUGUUCGACCAGUAUGUCUUCCAUCUAAGCCUUGGGUGCCUUAUACAGAAUGCUUUAUAUCAGGAUGGGGAAGGGAUGAAAAUCUCACAUUUCCGGACAAUCUCAAGGAGACCAAGGUUUAUCUCUUGCCAAGAGAUAUUUGCGUAAAGCAUUACAAGAACGCUGAUGGAUCAACGUUGUGCGCAAAUCACAAGAAUCCCAACCAGCCAGGAUGUUACGGUGACAGCGGUGGCCCAGUGGUGUGCCGGAAUAAGCAAGGAUAUUUUGAGCUAUAUGGAAUAACCAGUUAUGGAAAGAUCAAUUGUGCUGGCCAUGUCUCAAGUCCAAUAGUAUUUGCUGAUGUGUUCAAUUUACAGAAUUGGUUAUUGAAACGAAUAGCAUUUUAA